AUGAAAAAUAAAAACUGCCGCUUGAGAGAACAACCCUAUCCUGUUCUCAGGGUAACAGGCGAAAAAUUCAUAGAUGGCACGGUGUGUUGCAGGCAGCGCAUGCCCAACAAGCACGUGUACUACUACCGGUCACCGGAGCACCAGCAGCAGCACGUGCUGAGCUUCGCGUUCGCCUUCGACCGCGAGGAGGACGUGUACCAGUUCGCGCUCACGUACCCCUACUCGUACUCGCGCUGCCAGGCGCACCUCGACCUGCUCGAGCGCAAGGCUUUACCGCACUUCAAGCGAGAGCUGCUUGCUACGUCCGUGCAACAACGGAGAGUGGAUCUUCUGACGAUUACACAGCCCAAUAACAUGACUCCAGGGGGGAAGCGGCAGCAUGUGGUGGUCAUUCUGAGUCGUAUACACCCUGGAGAAUCACCCACUUCCUACGUCUGCCAGGGUUCAAAUGGUUGA